UUCCCAUGUUUGACCUCUUGGAUUGGUUUUGGAGCUGGAGCCACCCAAACCUUGGCCAACACCAGUGCCCAUCAGCCCCAGUGCAGGCAGAGCCUCCUCCUCCAGCCAAAACCUCCUCAUGGAUGAGUGUGACAGAGGGAAGAGAGCCCCUGAACCGUGUCCAAUCCCUUUGCCCCAGCAGGGGAUGGAACCCACACGCAAGCCUAUGAGCUGUGCAUUAACCCUGCCAAGAGCCGGGAGCAAAGGUUUUGGGGCCGCUUUGGGCUUUUCCUCCUGGCUUUGCAAAGCAAACCAGGCUGUGUGGAGCAGAGCAGGCAUUGGUGGAGCAGUGUGGGCUGCAGGGUGGUUGCUGUGCUCCCAAAGCCCAUCCCGCAGCACAUCCCCGUUGGCCGGGAGGGUCUGAACAUGCGUGUUGCUCUCAGGAGGCUUUAAUCAAAUCCAGGCUUUCCCAGAACUCGCCUGCGAGCUGAGGAAUCCGAGAGCAGCCGGAGUGAGGAGGCUCCGGGCUGGGAAUUCCAGGCUGGAAUGGUGGAGAUGCUGCCUGCGGCCAGGGGUGCGAGGAGGGCGCGGGCAAGGGGCUGAAAGCCUACCCAUGAGCUCGGACUUCCAGCAUUACAGUUUCAGGAUGCCGAACAUCGGGUUCCAGAACCUGCCUCUCAACAUCUACAUCGUGGUUUUCGGCACGGCCAUCUUCGUCUUCAUCCUCAGUUUGCUCUUCUGUUGCUACCUGAUCAGGCUCAGGCAUCAAGCACACAAAGAGCUCUACGCCUACAAACAGGUUAUACUCAAGGAGAAGGUGAAGGAGCUGAACCUACACGAGAUCUGUGCCGUGUGCCUGGAGGAAUUCAAGCCCAAGGAUGAGCUCGGGAUCUGUCCCUGCAAACAUGCCUUCCACAGGAAGUGCCUCAUCAAGUGGCUGGAGGUGCGCAAGGUCUGCCCGCUCUGCAACAUGCCAGUGCUGCAGCUGGCACAGCUGCACAAGCAGCAGGACCCCGGCCCCCCCCAGAGCCCCCUGCCCGGGGCAGAGAACAUCGUAUAGCUCCAGCAUCCCAUGGACCACCCCACAGCAUCCCCCCAGGACACCCGGAGCACCGAGGGACAAGUGGGGAUAUGGGGGGGACCGGAGCACUUUAGUGCAGGGCAUGUACCUGCUGGGUGAUGUCCCAUUGCUGCCUCCAUGGAGUUGUGCUGGGAUGGAGCCUCUCGUGCUGAAGCCUGAGCUUGAUUCCUCGUUCCCGGGGUGAGGAGGGGAUUUGGGGUCCUUGUUGGGUGCCUGCACUUCAGCCUUCUGCCAGCACAGCCCUUCUCCUGCACGAUAUCCAUUGGGAAGUGAGACGGAGCAGCAGCGAGCCAUCCCACAGCCUCCUGUGCCAAUGGGAUGUCUCCCUCCGACAGAGAGGCCUGGCUAAUGCCAACCUCCUACAAGCCAUGGGAUUGGAGAUCAGCUCCCAGCCGUCAUCCUAUGGGAAUUCUGGGGGUUCUGUCUGGUUCACUUCCCAGCCUUCCAGCCAUCCAUGGCACCCACUUGGGGACCUGAGAGCAUCUCCUCUGCACAGGGUUACCUUUGCCGUUGCGAUUCCUACAUAGAAGAUGGGAUCUCGGCAUUCCAGGCACCCUGAUCCCAGGAUUUGGAGCCCCCUUGGCACCCUCUGCCCCUCCAGAAGGGCUUAUCCAGGGUGGAGGAGCCGGUGUCAGCCAUGGAAGAUGCCAUCAUCCCCUCCUCGGCACAAUGGGCUACCUCACCCUCCGACGGGCACCAUCCUGGUGUGAUCCAUGGAACCAUGGGAAGGGCAGAGAAUUCCACCCUUGGGAUUCAUCCAUCCCAUUCCAUUAGGUCUGGGGGGGGGUCUGGGUGAGGGACACGGGAACUGGGGGUGGUUUCCUUGCCAAACACCCCCAAAUCCAACCCGAUUUGGGGGUGGCAACCACCUCCUGGGGUGUAUUUGGGCACUGUAGCUCCCACAUCCACAGCUCUUCUUCUUAGAGGAGGGGGUGGUGGGUGUCAGUAUUCCCAGGCAUGGGGCCGGGAUGAAAUCCCAUAGGAUUCCCCUGCCUGUUUAUGGAGCGUUGGAGCCUCAUAGACGUGUUUGUACACUACGGAUUCUGCAGCAGAAUAUUUCUGUCUCUUUUUUGUUGGUGGGUUUUUUUUGUAAGCUCUAUUUUUGUAUAUUUAAGGCUAUUUUCAACUCCAACCGAGGCGACUUUUGCUAUUCCUGCCCUUGGGAAGGGAAAGGGGAGGGGGAAAAAACCCGGAAAAGGCCAAUGGUUUGUAUGGGAGUUGAUUUGGAAUGUAAAUAAAAAGCAGGUUUUGGAA